GCCGUCCAUCUGUGCAUCAACUGGCAGCGCGGCAGCCGCUUUCGGGCACCGCACUCGUAGUAGUAGCGGGUGCCAGAGCAAUCGCCCUGCUCCAAUUGGCGCGACAACUAACGUGCCCACGCUCGGUUGACACUAGAACUUCACAGCUCAGUGGCAAUGCAGCUUGGUGCCGGUCGGCAAGUGUCGGCGGCGCCGGUCGCCGGCCCUGCCUCCCGUCUUCCCUGCGGGUUGGGCCUUGCGUCGCCACGCCAUCCUUGGCCAGCAUCUCGUGGCCCCUUAACACACCACCAACGGAGACGGCAGCUGCGGGUGGCCGUGGCAGGUGGUCCCGGCCAGCAGCCGGAGGAGGCGCCGGAGCGGCCUGCGUUCCCCGCAGCGGCGGCGGCGGUGCGGCGGCAGCAGAUCCAGCGCGAGCGUGCCGCCAUCCGGAACCGCAUCGAAAACCUGGUGGCUACUGACUUCGAUGAGGAGGACGCGGCCUUGAUCGACCUGGUGGGGGACGAGUUCAAGGAGGCCGACCGCAAGAACCUGCGCACGGUAUUUGACUUCGAUCGGUGGAAGAAGCACCGCAGCGGCAGCCGGUACAUGCGCCAUGCGCGGGCCACCUUCACCUCGCGCAUCACUCAAGGCCUGGCUGCGCCUCUGCUGUACGUGACGGGGCUGUCCAUCGCGGUUGCCUCCUGGCACACCGCAGCCGAGGUGCGGUGGGCGGGCCCUAUGGGCAUCUUGUCGCCCAUCCCCGAGCUCAAGAUCGACACCACCUUCAGCCUCACCUCCUUUGCCCUCUCCCUGCUGCUGGCCUACCGCACCAACGCGGGCUACGGGCGGUGGGACGAGGCCCGCAAGAUGUGGGGGCUGGUGGUGAACCGCAGCCGGGACAUGACCCGCCAGGUGGGCGCCAGGCUGGCAGGGGCGGGGCAAUGUGUGCAUAACAUAUUCAUAACUGUCUGCACCUGCAGCCGCUCCCUGAUGUGCCACCUGCGCGGCGGCGAGGACAUAGAGUCUGAGCUGGCGGGGGUGCUGACACCCAGGGAGCUGGACGCCCUCAAGGCCUCCGCCCACCGCCCCAACUACUGCGUGCAGGUGCGAGGGAGGAGGGUGGCUCGUGGUAGCGCCGUGGGUGGCUCGCUCCCACCCCUGCCGCCCGCCGCUGCCUCCCCGCAGGAUGUGACGGGCGGCUGCGAGCGCAUCCUGCGCACCCCCAUCCCCCUCUCCUACACCCGCCACACCUCCCGUUUCAUGAUGAUCUGGCUGACCGUGAUGCCCUUCACGCUGUGGGAUGCGGCGGGGUGGGCCAUGGUACCGCUGGCCAUGACCGUCGCCUUCCUGCUGUUGGGCAUCGAGGAGAUUGGGGUCAUGAUCGAGGAGCCCUUCAGCGUGCUGCCCCUGGAGGUUAUCAGCCGCACCAUCGAGGGCAACGUGCGGGAGCUGGAGCGCGCGCACGGCCUGGAGGCGGCGGCCAUGAAGGAGCGGGAGGCGGCACUGGCGGCGGCGCGCGACGGCGGCGGUGCUGCGGCGCCUGCGGCCCCCGCCGACGGCCAGGUGGAUGCCCUGGACCUGGUGCUGUCCAUCCUCCCAGAGGAGGAGCUGCGGCAGCCGUGGGGCCCGGGCCUGGCGAUGCUGAGCGGGACGGCGGGCCCCGCCACCGUGCCGGCGGGCAACAGCUGAGCGCCCGCGCCUGGCCGUGGAGAAGAGUCUUGUAGCUCACCGCCGGUGAGGCCCCCACCGCCCUUUGCCCUUGAUUGUUGAUUUGAUUUGUUUCCAGCACGAUUCAUUCUUUCCCUCCUUGAGUGAGGUGGCAACGCCUGGCGCCAUACAUUCAUUCAUUCAGGCAGCCCUGGCGGCGCCAGCUGUUGCUGGCUGGCGCUGCCGCUUGCCCUCAGAAACGCACAUGUGCAUGGAGAACCCACAUACCAUUCAUCGCUGGCGUCCGACGCGCCUGCCAGCCACACCGCCCAGUUUUUGUUCUCAGGUGUCCCUCCUUUCAUCCUUGUAACAGCAACCCCCU